GAUAAUCCGGAAGCCAAACGACUCGCAACACUAGAGGACGGCAACGGCCAAUUCAUUGACAGACAAGAGCGGGCGAAGGUCGAAAGUAGGACGGCAGCAUCCGCCUCUACUGUAUCGGAGCCAAACCUCCUGAGUUUAUAAUCUAGUUGAUGUGGUCGUGGAAGUGAUUGACGGAAGAGAAGUCAAAGUUUUUUUUUUCAAAUCCAGUGGCUCAUUAACGAAGGACGCGGUGCUAGCAUAGCUAGCAUUGAAUCAAAUAGCCUCUAACUUGAGUGUCUUGUUCAGUUUCUUCAUCCUUGUGCCUCCUCUGUGUGAACAUCUACAGUCAUGGCUGCUCUUAGGGCUUCUUACCACAGGAUUCUCAACAGCAUAGAACAUGUAUUACCCGAAAAACUGAAACCGAUCUACAACCAUCCUGCAGGUCCUAAAACAGUUUUUUUCUGGGCUCCAGUGUUUAAAUGGGGUCUGGUUGGAGCUGGUUUGGCUGAUAUGACUCGACCAGCAGAUAAACUCAGCACCUCCCAGUCUGCAGUGCUGACAGCCACAGGCCUCAUCUGGUCCAGGUACUCUCUGGUCAUUAUCCCCAAGAACUGGAACUUGUUUGCCGUCAACUUCUUUGUUGGCUGUGCCGGAGCCUCUCAGCUCUACAGGAUCUGGAGUUAUGAACAGGAAAAAAAGGCACAGGCUAAAGCUGCUGCUGCUGCUGCUGCAGACUCCUGAGUAAAUCCUGUUACCACAGAGUUGGAUCCAAAGGGAGACUUGACAGCGGACAUCCACCCAUCUGCUGCUGCACCUCCAACACCACCAUCUCAGUAUGUCCAGGCCAUAAUCAUAGUAGUAUCAUUUUUAAACCUAUUGUUCCUGCAGGAAGUAAACUUUUCCCAAAGUUCCAAAUUUCCUCAGGACAUUCAAUACAGCAAUUAAAAAAGUACGAGGACAUUUUUAGCUCUAGUCAACAAACGCUCAAGAACUGAUGUCAUCAACGCACAUGUAGUGGUUGUAUGUUUGUUACAUUGGAAUUUAGCUUUUAACAGUAACUAGUACAUUAGUAGUUUGUCGGGAAGUUGUGGAUUUGUAUCACCUGUAACUAAACCUAGUACCUCAGACAUCAACUCCUCAACGUGCUGAGGAACGCUAACGUGAACGACAGCAUCAUCAAUCUCUGAUUUUUAUCAAAUUAUUUAAAAUUUGUCAGCAUCCUUUUGGCUUCUUUAAGUCUUUUAAUCUGUGUUUUAAUCCUAAUUUAUGAUUCAUAGCUUUUUUUCUUCCUGUAGUUGAUCAUUUAUAGAAGAAACUAGAAUUCACUGAUUGUAAGUUCUCAUCAGUGCCACACAAAUUACAAUCUGUGCAGAUUUUUUUUUAAGAUCUGUAAUGACUACAGAGCUAAACCAGUUUAAUAUUUGAAUAUUUAAUCAUUACUGAUGAUGCCUUGUUGCUUUUAACAGAAGAGAAUAGAGUGAUUUUUUUGACUGUCUGUACACUGAAUGAUCUCUUUGUCACUUUUAGCAAUAAUUAAACUCCUUUUUCUUGAUCUGCCAUUUAAAAACAAUGGCACUUUCAAGAUUGAUCUUUAUGGCUCUGUGGCUGUGAAAUGGCUGUAAAAUGCUAAUAAAUAUUGUUAACACCAA